AGAACAAGAACAAAAAAACAAAAAAUGUGAAUAAUUGUGAUAAACACAAGUGAUUUUUCAUUUUCCAAUCGUAUAUCAUCUGUUAUUACUAUGACUUACCGUACAUUGGUAACACUGUUUGCAAGUGUUGCUGCAUUUGUAAAGAGUACUACUACGUCGAGUACGUUGACAGGUCGUGUGUUAAUAUAUUUAUAAUUUAUAUUUAAACUUAUGUGAUUUUUCGACACGUUAUAAUAUUCUUGAAAUACUGUUUCAAUUUUUCUAUUAUCGUUGAAAAUUGUUUAUUCAUUUAUUGAUCAUGGAGGAAGAGGAAGAUGAAAAACCAUUUGCAGUGGAACGUGCCAAAUCUGGUCGUGCAAAAUGCAAAAAGUGUAAAGGUCCAAUAGACAAGGAUGAAAUAAGGAUAGCCAAAUUAAUAGCAAAUCCAUUUUCGGAUGGUUCAAAGAUGAAAGCGUGGCAUCAUUUGUCCUGCCUAUUUGAAGUAUUUGCAAAACAACGAGCUACAACUAAACGAAUAGAAGAUCCUGACGAGGAUAUCAGUGGAUGGGAUAGUCUUCAGGAUGAGGACAAGAAAUUGGUUCUUGAAAAACUUCACGAGUUUGAUCAAUCAUGCCCAUUCAAAACGACCAAACCAAAAGCUACGAUCAAAAGGAAAGAAAAUUCAUUGGAAGAUCAAUCGACGACUGGACCGAUUAAGAAAAAAAUAAAAAUUCCGACAAAAACGUCGAAUGAGGUGUCGAAAAGAACGGAAGAUUGUGUGAUUGGAUCGGACGAUCUUGAAGUAUCCAAUAUGACGGGAAAAAAGGUAUCUAAAUCUUCAACGAAGGACGAUUUGUUUCGCGAAUUUCGACGAAUUUGUGCGAACGUUGCUGAUGUCGAUGCUUACAAGGAAAAAACAGCGAUCAUUAAGAAAAUGUUUACUCAUGGAACGUCAGGCGAUGGAUUCAAGAGUGACAUCGUACUUUGGUGUAAAUUAUUAUUACCUCAAGCAGGAAAUAAAAGAGUUUACAAUUUACAAAGUAAACAAUUGAUCAAAUUGUUCGCACGUAUAUUAUGUCAAGACGAAGAAUCAAUGUUAGAAGAUCUCGAGAAUGGUGAUAUUGCUGAAACUAUUCGUAUAUUUUUUGACAGUAGUACCGCUGUCACUCCUUCGAACAAAAGUUUACUCACAAUACAAGAGGUUGACGAAUUUCUCGAACAAUUGUCACAUUUAACGAAAGAGGAUGAACAAAUCAAUCAUUUUAAGUCCAUUAUUGGUAGGUGUACAGGAAAUGAUUUGAAAAUGAUCAUACGACUUAUAAAACACGAUCUUCGAAUAAAUGCUGGUCCUAAACAUAUUCUUGGUGCAGUUCACGAGGAUGCAUAUAAAGCAUUUCAAGUAUCAAUGAACUUGGAAACAGUCGUGGAACGAUUUGUACCAAGUACUUCUUUACCCUCACCAAUUUCUAAGAAGGGAACUACAAUAUUAACUUCACCAGGUGGUAGCAAGGUAUCUCUGUCAUUAAUGACUCCUGUUUUACCAAUGUUGGCAGAAGCAUGCAAAUCUAUUGAAAUGGCAAUGAAAAAGUGUUCUAAUGGGAUGUUAUCUGAAAUUAAAUAUGAUGGGGAACGUGUUCAAGUACAUAAAAGGGGUUCUGAAUUUCAAUACUUUAGUCGAUCACUUAAACCGGUGAUGGCGCAUAAGAUAAGACACUUUAAAGAUUACAUUCCUAAAGCGUUUCCAAAUGGUGAUGAUUUAAUCCUCGAUUCUGAAAUUCUUCUGAUUGAUAAUGAAACUGGAAAACCAUUACCAUUUGGAAGUUUAGGUGUACAUAAGAAAUCAGAAUUUAAGGACGCAAAUGUCUGUCUUUUUGUAUUUGAUUGUAUUUAUUAUAACGGGGAAAUACUUAUUGACAAAUCUAUGAUAGAAAGAAGACAGAUUUUGAAGAGGAGCAUGACAGAGAUACCUAACAGAAUAAUGUUGUCCGAAGCUCAAGAAGUUCAUGAUCCUAAAGAUUUGGCAGAGAUGAUUGCUAAAGUUUUGAGAUUGGGACUCGAAGGAUUAGUUUUGAAAGAUAUUAAAAGUAAAUAUGAACCUGGUAAAAGACAUUGGUUGAAGGUAAAGAAGGAUUAUUUAUUCGGUGGUGCAAUGGCCGACAGUGCAGAUCUCGUUGUUCUCGGUGCUUGGUAUGGUACCGGUCAAAAAGGAGGAAUGAUGUCUAUAUUUCUUAUGGGUUGUUAUGACACUGAUAAUGAUAAAUGGUUAACAGUAACAAAAGUACAUUCUGGUCAUGAUGAUGCAAUGUUAGAAACUCUUCAAAAACAACUUGAUAUGGUUAAAAUAGGUAAAGAUCCUAGCAAGGUUCCAAAAUGGUUACGAGCUAACAAACCAAUGAUUCCAGACUUUGUUGCAAAAGAUCCAAAGAAACAACCAGUAUGGGAAAUCACUGGAGCAGAAUUUACAAAUCAAGGUGUACAUACGGCAGACGGAAUUAGUAUUAGAUUUCCACGAGUAACGCGAAUUCGCGAUGACAAGGAUUGGUCUACUGCUACGAAUUUAAAUGAACUUCGUGAUUUGUUUAAAAGAAGUUCGGAAUCAUUGGACUUUAGUAUUCUUUUGGGUACCAAUAAUAACAGCGAGAAGAAAAAUACCGAUGUUGUUGCUUCGACUAGUUCUACUCAAAACAAUCAAACUACGAUCUCUAACAAAGUUACUGUUAAAAAAGAUAUUUCUCCGAAAAAAAUAAAAAUUGAAGAUACAAGUUUUGACAAUGAUAACGAAAAUAUCCAAGAAGAAGUUACAAAUGUAAAAUCUAGAAUUCGUGUUAAAAAAGAAUUUCAUAUUAAUGAACCGAGUACUAGUACAGGAAAGACAAAUAUGAAGAAAAAUAUUGAAAAGUACGAAAAGAAUGUUAAGGUAAAAAAAGAACCAGAUCUUUUCGAUCCUGAUAUUAAAAUAAAAAAAGAAGUUUGUCCAGAUGUAAAUUUACACAAUGAAAAAUCCAUAGUAGAGACUGAACUUGAUUUUCAAGAUGAUUCAUCUGCUAAAUAUUAUUCUUUCGUUGGAAAUGAUUACAUCGAAUACAACGAAAGAGGAAGCCCUUUAAAUUGGAUCAAGGAUCGAAAGCCGGAAAAGGGAUUACCACUUGACGCUCAACCCUUAUCUGACAAUAUGGAGGAUGUACUUAAAUCAAAAGGUAUUUUUGGGGAAGUUCGUGUUACCUUGGCGCAAGAUAUAAAAAAGAAAAGACGAAAACGUCUUUGGCGAGAAUUGAAAACACUUGGAGCAAUUAUUUUGAAAGACUCGGAUCGAUGCAAAUCUACUCAUGUGAUUCACGAUCGUAAAGAAAUUUCAUCGACACUUCUAAGGGAUUUUCAAGACGUUCCAAAAAGUGCAAGACACGUAAAUUCGUCCUGGUUGGAAGAAUCAGCUGCGUCAUCGGAAAUGAAGGAUAUUUAUUCUUACGCUGUAACAUUAGUUGCGGAUUAUUGUAAUUGUUCUUGCACCUGUUCCCAUCGAUGAUGAACGAGCUUCAAUCGGAAAAUAUCUUUUUUUUUUAUUAUUAUUAUUAUUAUUUUUCCCCUUUUUUUUACCGAUCAAUCAAAUA